AGUUGAUGUUGUAUUACCAACAGGACAAGCUAAAGAUUCAUCAUCAUUCGAUCCAGCAUAACAAGUCCAAGUCAUAAAUAUGAAGCUGUGCUGAGAGAGGAAGAUCAUGCCAUCUACUUCCGUGCGCGCCGUGCUGCCCACUAGCACCGCAAACCAAGCUUCGUCGUUGAUGUUCCGGCACCACCCCCACUCCCACCAUCCCCGGAUCAUCUCCCGUCAGCACCCGUUGGUAAAGCACCUCCGUGACCUCCGGCGCAACCGGCACUAUCGCAACGCCGAGACCUUGUUUGUGAAAGGCGGCAAUUUGAUCGCCAGCUCGCCCGUGGCGCCUCGCAGGAUUGUGGUGCCGUUGUUGGGAGCCGGAGAUAGAAGUACUUAUUGGGAUCGGGAUGAUCAUGAUAUUAAUUCUACAGCUAGUGCUGCUGCUGUAAGAACAAGGGACGAGGCGUUAUUUUUAGCCGAGGACCACAGCGCGAAUGAUUCUGUCGCCAGCGAAAGCGCCAGUCCCCCUGAGAGAGUGCACCAGGCGCCGGUAUCGAGCAGGAGCAACGGCGACAUUUUGCCCAACCUGGAGGCUGCAGUGGAGCAUCGUUGGCCUGGACAGAGGGUGGAGAUCACAAGACUACCGGCGGAGCUGCUUGAAUACAUUGUCGCUGACGGGCCUUCCGAUGCCAGAACAACAAUCGGGGGAAGGGCUGGUCGUGGCAACACUCUGGGCCCGCAGUGGCGCCAUCAUGAUCUACUUCACAGAAACUCACACAACUACCUCGAACGUGAAAGAAGACCAAAAUUAUGUGACGAGGAGGAGGACACAGCAUGCGCACCAGGACGGCCCUCGACGGGUUUCUCGUCGGGAGUUGGACAUCAAGAAGGAAACUCAGUGGCAGAUGAGGACAACUACAACGGCAACGGGAUAAUGAACACCGUACUGCCCAGAAAAAUGAACGAUCACUCCGGCAUCGUCCCGAGAAAACACGGCGCAACCCCAGAACAAAUGUUGCAGCAGUGCUUUCGCAGCUGCUGUGGUGCAGCAGGGAUCAUGGAAUCUAGUACCACUGCCGGGUCAGGAUCAUCUACACCUGCACUACGAGAACUACAACUCGGUGGACCACCAGCGCCGACAGCCAAAGCUGCUCACUUCGAUGGCCUGAUCGUCGCAGAGCUGGACCGUCCGGAGAGCAAGGAUGAGGCGACGCUAUUCAUCUCCAACAAGAACUCUCAUCUUGUUCACUGUUCUUACAACCAGAACGAACUCGCAGACUCAGAAUCCAACAACUCCUCGACCAAAAAUCACGGACUGAGGCUGGUGCUGGCCCUCGACAACAUUCAAUACCCAGACAACAUGGGGCAACUGAUAAAGCUCGCGAGCGCCUACAAGUUUGACGCGGUCUUCACUACCCCGUGUUCCGUAUCGCCACUGAACUGGCGUAGUUUGCACUACUCGGGGCUGUUGCCGAACUGGGGGCUUCCCUGGGUGGUAUGCUGUGCAAAAGUAGCGUACUCGUAUUACUACACUCACAAAAAUCAAUGAUGAAAAUCCGGCACAACUACAUGACAAACCUCCUACUAACUUCCCAACCUAAAUCAGCAUGACGGAUUUCAGUUGUCAACAUGCUGCGACAACUUGUAAUUAUGGCGCAAAAAGAGUUACUUACUAGUAGAGACCGCGAGAGUUGUAGUUGUACGAGGAUCAUACACAUACUUUUGCAAAAAUUCAUAUCUGGAGGGGUGCACCAACGUGAAGCGAGAUUUGUUCGAGAAGAUCGUGCAAAAACACAACCUGCUCCCCAUCGUGGCCAGCAGUGACGAGGGAAUUAGCACCACAUUGCAGUCGAUUUUCUCGGACAAGACGUGCCGACACUACUUGGGAGGUGCUGGCGGUGGUGGUCGUGUGGGUAAAAACAAGAAUAACUUCGACGGGUUGUGCCUGAUCCUAGGCUCGGAGUCUUUUGGCCCUUCUCCGUACUGCAUGGAAAACAGUAUUAUGAACUGCAAAAGUAAGUAUCGUACUCGUAGUAAUUGCUGCUAUGCAUGACUAAUCUCUCUCUUAAGGGAAAACAGCAUUACAAGUUUCAUUUGUAAUGCUUAGCGAAUUUGUAAUGCAAUUUAUACUAGUACGAUGCUUUUGCACAGGAUAAGUAUAAAAAUCCGCGUGCCCAUGGCGUCGACCCUGCUCCAGUCACUGAAUGUACAUGUGGCAGGGGGCAUUUUGAUGGAGGAAAUCCGGACCCAGGUGGAUAGGUACUUUUUUGCAAAUCACGCAUGAGGACCACGCAUGUAUAGUUUAAUCUUCUAAGAUGAAGAUCGUCAAAGAUGACGAAAACGUGAACGUGUCGAGAUAAUAUCACGGGCGGCUGCGAUGGAUUUUUAUCGUGCCCACGUGGUAACCUACAUAUAACGAAAACGAAUAGAUUUGAUUUUGCCUAAGUCCUGGUAAACAAUGUUGCGCACGCAAUAAAAAGAAAUGAGUGGACCCCUGGAAGGCCGCGAAAAAAGAUUUCCAUGUAGUUGUCUGCAGUUUGUUGCCCCUCCGCUGGGGAGCAUGACUGUUGAGAAGGUCUAUUCCCGACAGCAAGUCGAAGUCGU